UAGCAACUCCGAGCCAAGAAAAAAGAAAAAAGAAAAUUUGAAUUUGGAGGCUCAUUUUUAUGGAAUGCAAGGCAUAUUGAAAUCAUUCAUCCUCCUAGGUAAACGUAGCAGCAAGAAGUGAAUGAGUUGGCGAAGGAACUUGUGAUUGAAAGAAGAUGGAGAGACGCAGGUUUCUUUCCUGCAGUUGUGUGGUAGGCUUUGGAAUUCUGAUAGCAAUUCUGGUGGCCAAGAUCAGCAUCUCACAGGGAGAAGAACUGGAUAUGGGCAUACGGAUUCCACCCAAUUCCAGAACGCCAUUAAUCUCAAAACUGGAGUCAAUGAAGAAGCUGGAGCUGAAGAAAGGCGACACCCAUGCCCUGCUUCCAGACAUAAAGCUUCAACUGUACAGGCUGGGCUACAUAGAGGGCAAUGCAGGGGCAGACGAUGGAUUGUUCGAUGAGCGACUGGAAGCGGGCUUGAGAUUGUACCAAAGCAGCUUCAAUUUGCCAGUGACGGGCUUUCUUGACGGCCCAACAAUCCACAGCCUGAGUCUCCCAAGGUGCGGUCGAGAAGACGUCCGAGGAGGAGCGGCCCUGAUGCUCCUUCCAAGAAAACAGUGGAUGGCGGGGCAAUGGAAUCUGAUUGCAGGGCAGAAGAAGUGGACCAGCAGCAGCAACCUGACCUACGCCUUUUCCUCCACAAUUGGCUCUGUUCAAUCGCCCAUUCUAUCCGAGCAGGACAUCAGGUCUGCAAUGGCGGCGGCAUUCUACACUUGGGCGGCGGUGGUUCCUCUGAGUUUCAAGGAGGUCGAUAGCUUCGAGGACGCCAUGAUCAAGAUCGAGUUCCUCGAAGGAGAGCACGGUGAUGGGUGGGCUUUCGACGGGGUGUUGGGAAUUUUGUCCCAUGCUUUUGCCCCAGAAGAUGGGCGUUUCCAUUUGGACAGGGCAGAGAUUUGGACGGUCAGCCUGCAGCGGACUUCUUCUUCCGACGCCGUCGAUCUUCAGACCGUGGCUCUGCACGAAAUUGGGCAUCUUCUUGGACUGGACCAUUCGAAUGUUCCUCAUUCUAUCAUGUUUCCUUCACUCCCACCCAGAGUCGUCCGCCGGUUCCUCAGUGAAGAUGAUACCAUGGGCGCCGCUGCCCUGUAUGGGAAUCCUCCACCUGGGCCUCCUCUGUUCAGCUCUCAGCCCCAAUCUUGUUCCCACUGCUCUGCAUUUAUUCUUAUUCUGGUAUUUCUCAGUAUAUUGCUCUCUUAGCCUUCUUCACAAAGCUGCCAAUCAUGAAAAGUUUGAAAUUUUUUUUUUGCCGCCGUGCUGAAUUCAGUACCAGAUCACUUUAGCACAAAUGUCUUUAUUUCCAAAUGUAUACUUGGAGAAGCCAUUUUUUUAAGAAAUUCUUUUGCAUAAAAUUGAAAAAUACUUAUCGACUU